AUGGACCAGCAUGAUGCUUUAGCCCGGGAUGGGAUGGAUCAUGGAGUGCAGUUUAAACCAGAGCUUGAAGCCGAGGAGGACUUAGUUGUUCCGGUUGGACCUAUGACUCGAGCGAGAGCUAAAAGACUCGAGGAGGGAAUUGGAGGAUUACUUAACCAAAUGUAUUUUUGGUUCGGGUGUCGAUCGAUACCAGCUCGAUUUGUUAAGUUUUUAAUCGCUCGGUUAGGCGGGUUUUGA